AUGGAAAACACUGAAGAUCUUUUCAAGUCAUCACUUGAGAUUGCGCGGAAGCGAAUCGGUGACGUGAUAACCAAACGAGAAUUUGAAAAGAUCUUCAGACUUCAAAACUCAUUUUUGUCACUCUUUCGAAUGAAUGUGUUGUGCCCUUACAAACCGCUUGAGGUCUAUUUUUUCACAGAGUUUUCUGAAAACAAAACGAUAAACACAGACAUUUUCGAAUUCCACGCUGCUGUUUUUUAUUUUGUCAAAAAGAUGGGGCUUGAAAACCACUUCUCCGUUAUAUCGAUUUGUCAUAACGAGGUUGUUCGACAAACGUAUUUUUUAUCGGAGGAGAGUGGUCAAAACGAAAACAAUACAAUUUUUGAAAACCCGGAGAAACUAUUCACUGAUAGUUCAAAAACUAAAGAAUGUGGUUCCACUUAUCAAAUUUUGAAAACAGAGAUUGAGAAGUUGCGGAACGAGCCCAUCAAAUGUGGUAAUUCGUUGAUUUUUGUUGAGUGCUCGAAAUUGAGAAGUGUGGAAAGAGAAAACAUUUACGCGGUGCGGGGGUUCAGGAAUUUGUACUUUCUUGGCGCUGAAAAUGAGGAACAGCAACAUCCGGACGACAUAUUUCGAGUGCCUCCGGUUGUGCUACAGUACUUUGUCAACACCAAUUAUAAUGUACCAUUUACAUACUCGUCGGAGAACGUCGUUGUCACAAUUCCACAGGUGUCACCGCUCCCCCUAUUUUUUCCUUCAAAAACCGUGGAAUACCCAGUGGAGAUAAUAAAGGAGAAGGGACAAAUGUAUUUUGAAGUCUCGGGCGACAAAAGAAGACGGGCAGAUAUAAUUGGCACAGGGUCGUAUGACGAGGUGAUGGACUUUUACGAGGCACAAAGAAUUAUCGAAGAGCUUGUGAAGAAGUUCAAUGCGCGGUGCGCACAAUGCGGGUUUUCAAAUCAUCACGUAGAGAUGGUCCCACCUGUUGUUCUUUCGGACAACGAUAAAAACGGGUAUUGUCGGGCGAUCGCGCUUAGAGAAGCCAAAGAUGUUGUUAAUUUGGAAGACAACCAAAUCAUACAAACAUUCAUGCACUUCGUUUUUCUGGCGUCUGAGGAAACACUCAAAAUAAUAGCAAUUCGUGGCAUAAUAGCAGGCAGUCCAAUCAUCACUGACGUUGUUCUGAAGUCGACUGGCGUUGCUAAAUUCUAUUUUUGGAAGAGAGACCUCGAAAUGGGUAUCAAGCACACGUGUAACUGCUUCUGCCACGCACUCGGACUGUUCAAAAUUAAGUUGACUAGGCCUGACACUGUAUUCAAUUGA